AUGCCGCGGCCGGGGAAGAGUUCGUACAGCGACCAGAAGCCGCCCUACUCGUACAUCUCGCUGACCGCCAUGGCCAUCCAACACUCGGCCGAGAAGAUGCUGCCGCUAAGCGACAUCUACAAGUUCAUCAUGGAGCGCUUCCCCUACUACCGUGAGCACACGCAGCGCUGGCAGAACAGCCUGCGCCACAACCUCUCCUUCAACGACUGCUUCAUCAAGAUCCCGCGGCGGCCCGACCAGCCGGGCAAGGGCAGCUUCUGGGCGCUGCAUCCCGACUGCGGUGACAUGUUCGAGAACGGCAGCUUCCUGCGGCGCCGCAAGCGCUUCAAGGUGCUGCGCGCGGACCACACUCACCUGCACGCAGGAAGCACCAAGGGCGCGCCAGGUGCGGGCCCCGGAGGGCACCUGCACCCCCACCACCCGCACCACCCGCACCACCACCACCACCAUCACGCCGCCGCGCACCACCACCACCACCACCCGCCCCAGCCGCCGCCGCCCCCGCCCCCGCCGCACAUGGUGCACUAUUUCCACCAGCAGCCGCCUCCGGCUCCGCAUGCGCCGCCUCACCUCCCGUCGCAGCCGCCGCAGCAGCCGUCCCAGCAGUCGCAGCCUCAGCAGCCGUCUCACCCCGGCAAGAUGCAGGAGGCGGCGGCCGUGGCGGCGGCCGCCGCGGCGGCGGCGGCGGCGGCGGUGGGCAGCGUGGGGCGCCUCGUGGGGCGCCUGUCGCAGUUCCCGCCGUACGGGCUGGGCUCUGCUGCCGCGGCUGCCGCUGCCGCCGCCGCGUCCACGUCGGGCUUUAAGCACCCGUUUGCCAUCGAGAACAUCAUUGGCCGGGACUACAAGGGCGUGCUGCAGGCAGGCGGGCUGCCCUUGGCGUCAGUCAUGCACCACCUGGGUUAUCCCGUGCCAGGCCAGCUCGGCAAUGUUGUCAGCUCCGUGUGGCCGCACGUCGGUGUCAUGGAUUCGGUGGCCGCGGCCGCCGCGGCCGCCGCCGCCGCGGGGGUACCGGUGGGCCCGGAGUACGGGGCCUUUGGGGUGCCGGUCAAGGCCCUGUGCCACUCGGCAAGCCAGAGCCUGCCUGCGGUGCCGGUGCCCAUCAAGCCGACUCCAGCCCUGCCGCCGGUGGCCCCGCUGCCGCCCACGCUCAGUGUAGCCGCGGCCGCACAGCAGCCUCCGGCGCCAUCCACAGUGUGCCCGGCCGCCGCGGCCUCACCUGUCGCCUCCCUGCUGGAGCCCACCGCCCCGAGUGCGGCCGAGAGCAAGGGUGGCUCCCUCCACUCGGUGCUGGUGCACUCCUAG